AUGUAUAAAAAAGCGCGACGAACUUAUGAAAAAAAUGCAUCUUCAAAAGGCCAUUGCGAAAUCAUAUUACUGGCGGCUUCAAAGAAAAGCACUGCUUGGAUGAACGAAGCUGGAACACGUGUUGAUCGUCUCUAUACUCGAAAUGAAACCAGUGUACCAAUGGACCUGUAUUGUUUAAAAAAUCUUCAAAAAAUGCAUAAAUUGCAGAUAAUAGCUUCUCCUAUUGUAGCAAUGACUGAACAAUUAGGAUCACUGACAAAUCUGCAACAUUUACGGUUAAUGAGCUGUUCGUUAACUCGCUUACCGGACUUGAGUGGACUAACUCGACUGGCAUCUCUUGAUUUAUACAACAAUGGACUUCAUGAAAUCAUUGGUUUCAAUAGUUUAUCAUGA